AUGUCCGACGCCGAGGAUCUCUAUCGUGUGGUUGCUAGGACCGAAGGCCCGGCCCAGGAUAUUGCAUACCGAGUCAUAGAUGGCGAAGACAUGGCGAUCACCACAAGCCUGAUUGGCUACGCAACGCGCGGAGAUUUGCUCCGCGCCAUCGCGGCUGGCCUGGUCACCUUCAAUAGUGCAAUCAACAACACUCGCGCGGAUCAGGGAACGCCAGAUUCCGCUGUGGUUGCUUUCUUCGUCCGCGAGUGGCGGGUAGAUGUCAGCCGAAUCAAUCAAACCGUAAGCGCUAGGUAUGAACAUUUCUCUGAGGAGCAGCUACGGGCAGCUUUUGUGCAACUUUUCCGAGACAUCGAUGGUGUGCAUGGGCCGAAGGACCAUUACUAA